AAAGAUGGCUGCAUUGUUGUUGGCGACUGUUGGGUGCUUGUUUGGCAAUUAAUGUUUGUUUCUUUGCUUUGUUAUGACUUCGUGUUAUUAUACGAGUUUAUUUUUGUGCCUUUGUUUAAACAGUUUUAUUAAUUGACUUAUGCUUACAGCCAGCAGUCGUCAUAUUGAGCAUUUAACCUAAUGUUAGAUACAACCCACCCAUAGCGUAGUUUAGGCGUAAGGUUUAGUUAUAUAAUAGUAGAAAAUAAACAAUCAUCAUGUGGCCAGCGUCGCAGUACUCGCAUACAAACAAUCAAAACCAAAAUAGUUCUAAAUCAAGUGAACAGAGUCCGCAGAAUUUGAAAACACUGGGGAUGACUUCGGCCAUUUCUAUGGCAGGUCCCAAGCCAAUAGAUAUAGAGAAAACAAAUGAAUUGAAAGAUUCCCUCAUACCCUAUGGGGUGUUUGAGUCAGAGCAAGAAAUGCACCACAGGAUGGAAGUCCUCGGUGCGUUACAUAGAUUAGUUCGGCAGUGGAUUAGAGAUGAGUCGAUGCGGAAAAAUAUGCCGCCGAGUGUAGCUGAUACCGUCGGCGGGAAUAUAUACACGUUUGGAUCGUAUAGACUUGGUGUGCAUCACAGAGGCGCAGAUAUUGACGCGCUGUGCGUGGCUCCGAGACACAUUGACAGAUCUGAUUAUUUUCAGUCUUUCUAUGAAUUACUGAAGCAACAACCAGAGGUGAAAGAUCUGCGCGCAGUGGAAGACGCGUUCGUGCCGGUGAUCAAGAUGAACUUUGAUGGCAUCGAAAUUGAUUUGCUGUUUGCUAGAUUGGCGUUGAAAGAGAUACCAGAUUCAUUCGAUCUCCGAGACGACAUGUUACUCAAGAAUUUGGACCAGAAAUGCGUCCGAUCGCUCAACGGUUGUCGAGUUACAGAUGAAAUUCUGCGGCUUGUGCCUAACAUCAAUAACUUUAGACUGACGUUGAGAGCUAUUAAGCUUUGGGCUAAACGCCACGGCAUAUACUCCAACACGCUGGGCUAUCUCGGUGGUGUCUCCUGGGCCAUGCUGGUAGCCCGCACCUGCCAGCUGUACCCCAACGCAUUGCCAGCCACGCUAGUACACAAGUUCUUCCUGGUGUUCAGCCAGUGGAAGUGGCCGCAGCCCGUGCUGUUGAAGCAGCCCGACUCGGUGAACCUGGGCUUCCCCGUGUGGGAUCCAAGGGUGAACAUGUCAGAUCGUUUCCACCUGAUGCCAAUCAUCACACCAGCGUAUCCGCAGCAGAAUUCUACGUUCAACGUAUCAGCUUCAACCAGAACUGUCAUCAUGGAGGAGUUUAGGCUCGGUUUAGCAAUCACCGACGAGAUAAUGCUCGGCAAGUGCGGUUGGGAGCGUCUCUUCGAAGCGCCCAAUUUCUUCGCUCGCUACAAACACUUCAUAGUGUUGCUGGCUUCGUCUGCGGCCGCGGACGACCAGCUGCAGUGGUGCGGACUUAUUGAGAGCAAGAUACGGCACUUGAUCACAACGCUAGAGAGAAAUCAGCACAUCACGAUAGCGCACGUGAACCCCGAGUGUUACAACUCGGUGCCGCUCAGCACUAAUAAUGGACAACCGCUUGCCCUACCGCCGGGGACACCAGUGGCCCCAGUCAGUCCCGAAACAGAAGUUAAAAAGAAUGAAAAUGGUGAAGUGAUAGCCAACGUCUGCUCAAUGUGGUUUAUCGGGCUCGUCUUCGACAAGACCAAUGUCAAUGUGGAUCUUACGUAUGAUAUACUGUCGUUCACUAAAGUGGUGCACUAUCAAGCUGAGAUCACGAAUAUGUUGAGAGAGGGCAUGACUAUUGAGGCACGACACGUACGUCGCAAGCAACUUCAUCAAUACCUAUCACCGUCUCUGCUAAAGCGAGAGAGAACUACGUCGGGCGCCAAGCGCAAGCAGGACAGCGCUACGCAACCCGCUCCGCUGAAGAAAACCAAGCGCCUGUCGGAGAGCAGUACCGACGAGGUAAGCCUGCUAUCCUACAACGAAGACUCAAACUCAUCCAAUGUGUACGAAGUGAACAUCCAAAACGGAACCGUAGCGAACCAUUCACAAGAGGAAAGAAAACCUGCGGAGAAGCCCCUAGCACCUCCAGAACAUACCCCAUCAACUUCCAACACCAUAGCGUGCACAUAGCAUUACGAAGAAUGGCGCGAGCGGUUCAUAUACGGGCCCCAUCGCGCCAAAUACCGCGUCAAACGUGUUUAAGUGAUAGUGGUGUGUGACAAACGUGUUUUAUAAUAAAAAAUAAUUAAAGAAAAGUGUUAAAGAACCCCCAACGGGCAUCUUAGUGAAAACUGUAUAGUGAUGUGACGCGCGCAACGUGUUCUUUCUACUCGGUGGCAUGGACAUGACUGCUCACCGAUUACACGUAAGUUUUAUGUAGCCUAUAGCUCUUAUUGAUGGUGUGUUUUGCUAUUGUGCUCUUAUAGCUGGGUUAUUUCAUAUAUUGUAAUUAUUUUUGGCAAUAUUUCGGGCGAUCGGUAAAUUUCAAUGUGGUGUCAAUCGAGUUACGAAUAAAAUAAGUAAAUGUCAAUGGAAAAUUUCGUACGUUUUUAGUAAAAGGACACAAUAUUUGGACUCAACUUUGUCAUGUCAUUUUCAAUCUUUUGGAGUGGCUGAUGCCAAAAAAUUUGGUAAACUGUGAACAUGCUAAUGGUGCCUUAGAUUUAAAAUUGGAUUUUUAUAAGAUUUAGAAGUUAAUUAAAUACUAAUUUAGAAAUUGGGAAGUUGCUUUUCUCUUGUUUGUAAAAUGUUACGGUUUGAUAAACAGUAAAAAGUAACUAAAUUAGUUCAUUGAUGUCAAUUGGCACAUAUAGCACAAUUUGAUAUAAAGGAAUGUUAAUUAGACAAAUAUCGAGUAAACAUAAUAAGCAAUAAUUAAUUAGUAACAUUAGCAUUGUUGUCUCGAUAGUUAUCUAAAAACAAAAUUUUUUCAGUGACAAAUUGAAAUGAGCACGAAUGUAUUGAGGAAGGAAUAAUUUUUGCGGUAUAUGAAUUACCUGGGCUGUAAGCUCACAAUAGCACUGCACUUAGUUUGAACAAGACAAGAUAUUGACGUUGUGUUUUUGUCUUGUCACACUAAUCAAAUAUUGUCAUAUUGACCGUUGUCGAGGCGUUUGGGAGGAAACUAUUUUUAUAACCGCAAAAUGUUUACGUCAAUGUGACACAUUUUUAUGUCUGUACGACACUUUAUUAGACACCGAGAUUUUCGAUUUAUAGAUAACGAAUUUAUUUCAAAUUUAAUGUACAUAUGUUACGGAAAGUAUAUUAUUAGAUUGUUUUGUCAUUUCUUACAAACGCCAAUAGUACAAAGUAGGAGAAAUUUUUUGUUCCGAAUAAUAAUAAUUGAUUGUUGGACUCAUUGUCUAUUUGAUGUACGAUUCACUGAAUUUUCCCUUGUAUAUACUCAUAUUUUCAUUAUAUAUUUUCUUCUACUUGCGUCAUUUUUUUGCAAUAUUCCAAUAAUAUACCUAUCAUUCGUAUUUGCAUCAUUUAUGUUACAAUUUCGAUCAAUUGGAAGGAAUGGAUAGGUAAUUUUUAAUUUUAAAUGACCUCCAUAUUAUAUAGAUAGUAAAUUAAAUAAAACUCAUGCAGUUUACAGGGGAUAAACAAAUUUUAGUGUGAAGUAGGAGUGACCUUAUAUUCAAGUUGGUAGAAUUUGUGAACAUUACUAGAAUGAUAGAUAAUUUUAAAAAUAGAUUAAUAGAAGUAUAUCAUCUAAGAAGAAUACAAAUACUUUGUAAUUCUGCUCACACAUAUUUUAAUUAUUAAAUUUUCAGUUUAUCGUGAGGACUUUACGAAUAUUUUCAUAAACGCUUGGCAAGAUACUUAAUAAAUAGUCUAAUGGAGUGUUUGAACGAAUUGUAACGUAAUUUGAUGCAAAUCCAUUCUCAUUUCCCCUUAUUCAUUAUAUUGUAGAACAAAUAUGUAUUUUGUAUGGAAUAAUGCAAAUAAAUAAUAAAUAUAUCAUACGUA